UUGACACAUGGGGUGGUUCGAGAAUGUCAAAGGGCGGAACAGUGAUACAAUACAGGACUGACAAUACGGUAUGAUACGGUUCUGUCAGAAAACGCAUGAAUUUUCUGUGUGAAUCAUUCGGUGGCCCACAACUGAAGAUGCAUUGUGGCCCAUUCAGUCACCGAGACGUUUUUUUUUUUGGUGGGUGGCAUAAUCGAGUCAUCUUUCUAUGCUUCUCUCUCUCUCUGUUCCAUUCUUAUGUUCUUGAAUUAAUACCUCUCUCUUCGUUCGUCAUCUGGGUCUGCCUCUAUUUUUUGCCAGGCUCUGUAUACCGUCGUCUACUACCCUCCUCUAGCUCCUCCACUCUAUAUCCUACUUGGUCUAUACCCCGCCAUUCUCCGAGUCUACAACAGUAGUUGUCUGCUUCAAUUCCAGCAAUGCCUCUUGUCAACACUACAGAAGUCAGCGAGGACACUCGCGGUGAGUAUCGACGUCCUUUUGAGUCGACGGGACUUGGCUAAUCUACUUCUCUCUACCAGUCCUGGGCUAUGAUCCCCUCCUCUCCCCUCAGUUCCUUCAGUCCGAAGUCCCAGCUCCCC